AUUCGUUUUUUUUUCAGGCAAAAUGGGGUUCGCAUCGGCAUCGCGAGAAGAAAAGCUGAAGAUGAUGAAAACGUCGCAUACGAGGAAAACCACGAAGAAAUUGAAUCGCUUGGCGAAGAAAAAGAAAAUCUCCCGUAAUGUCAUAGACGAACUGAAGAGCAUCAAAGCCAGGAAAUCGAAGGACUCGAGGAAACGAGUAACAAAUAUAGAAGAUGACUGGGUUGCUGAUCGCGAAGUGCAGUUCGAUGAGGAAGCAGAAGACGUUCUGCCUCUCGAUAUGCUAGACGCAGACAUCGACUGGGAACACAGCGCAUUCGCUGGGGUGAAAAGGAGACAUGAUCAAAAGCUUACGGAGUUCGAUGGUGGAGGCAGUGACGACGAUGAACAUGGCGAAUAUAGCGACAUAGAAGCAAAGAAAAGGAAAUUUGAGGGACAGCUCGGAGACAACCUGCAAGAAAUGCUGCCUAUAAAGUUGAAGGACGGUACCAUAAUCCGACCAACUCGUGAAAAAGGUGAAGAGUUAUCUGACGAAGAGCAGCAAGAAGAUGAAGAAGAGGAAGCAAAACCUGAGAUGGAAGACUAUUCCCAUCUGAGUGCAACUGAACUGCUGGCCAAGAGAAAGGAACUCGUUGAAGAAUUCAAACAGACUAUCGCUACAUAUGCUCAUCAGCUUCUCACUAAUCCUCAGGAGAAUAUAUACAAGCUACGUGAUCUCUUCCAUCUUUGCCAGGGUGAAAAAGUUCAUUCGUUGGUUCGAGAGACCAUCCAAAAAUUAGCAGUGGCUAGUACGUUGCAGGUACUGAUUGAUAUAAUUCCCGGGUAUUCUAUUCGUGAACUCACAGCCGAGGAAAAGCAGCAGAAGGUCAAGAAAGAGACUAAGAAGCUGCAGACAUAUGAAGAAUCUUUACUACGAUACUAUUUGAAGUUCCUUCAAUUUUGUGAAAAGAUGACAGGAAAACUCAAUGUCAAAGGGCGAAAGCUCGACGAACAUUCGUUCAGCUAUAAAAUGGGUAUGCUGUGUUUGAAAGCGAUAUGCAGAUUAGUGAUCUCUGCACCACAUUUCAACUAUGCCACUAACAUACUUUCGACUAUAAUUCGAAUGUCUUUGUGCAGGGAUCCAGCGGUUCUUACUGAAGUGUGUAAAACUUUGCAUCAAGUAUUUCGGGAGGAUCUACAUUUGAGAAUGUCGCUGUUUGGAGCAAGGAGUAUCGCAUCGCUUGUGACCAAGAGGAAAGGCCAUGUGCCUCCCCAGCUCAUCGCUACGUUCUUAUCUCUCAACAUCAAGGAAGUCAAGAAUGAGGACAAGAAAUCUGGUAAGGGGAGAAUUUUCGCCAAAAGAGCAAUGAUCAAGAAAGAAAGAGCGAAUAAAACAGCCAGAAAGUAUAAGAAGCAGCUUGACAAGUUGGAAGCUGACUUGAAGGAACUGGAUGCAGCUGAGACCCUUUCUACGAAAUUGAAGACGGCAACAGAAACGAUGAAACACGUGUUCCAGUGCUACUUUUCAGUACUCAAAAGAGUACCGAAUGUAGCACUAUUGGAACCUGUGCUCGAGGGCCUGAGCAAGUUUGCUCACCUCUUAGGCGUCGAAUUCUUUGAAGACAUCGUGCUUACAAUGGAGGGUCUAGUUGACAAGGAGAACUUACGGCUCCUCGAUCGGUUAUAUUGCAUUAAUACUGUUUUUGUGAUUUUGUCGGGUGAAGGACAGCUUUUGAACGUUGAUCCAUCCAGAUUUUAUCGAUCUGUGUACCGCCUUAUAAAUCAACUGCCUUUUGAGAAAAGACCAGAAGCGAGACAAAAACAGAUCACCAUGAUGGCGAAAGCGCUUGACCUUAUGAUCAAUGAAAGAAGGAAACAGCUGCCGUUAUCCAGAGUUGCGGCAUUUGUUAAGAGGUUACUAGCUGUUGCAACAGUUUUAGAUGAUAUUUCGGCCCUAUGUCUGGUCGCCUUGGUUCGGAGCUUCUUCAUCGCCCACUCGAAACUUGUUCAGUUGGUGGAGGAGGACGAUGCAGAAGGAGGAGCUGGGGGAGUUUAUCGAGCCGACAUAGAUGAUCCUGACGUUUCGAAUGCACUCGGUAGCAGUAUACGACCAGAACUCAAGAUGUUGACUCGACGGCGCCACCGAUCACUAAAUCAAUUUGCGCAGAAUGUACUUCAAUCGGUGCCAUCGACUGGUCCGCAUCGGCUUAAUCCUCAACUUACUUCCAUUAAACCGUGGGCGUUGAUGGAACGUGAAAUAGACGAAGCCGGAGGUUAUUCACAAGUGGACAUGAAAUACAUGGAAGAUAUAGAGAGGUCCUUGCAGAAACGGCAACAGACGUUAACGGCGAGAAAUCUGCAAGUUAGUAUAGCUAACUGGUUGGAAAAUAGACCCACAUAGUUACACGUUGUUGACUGUACAUUAUUGUUCAUUGUUGUUGUUAUUUUCAUCAUUGUUAAAUGCUAUAGGCUAUCAUUGAAACAAUGGCACAGAUCUACGGGAA